AAUGUAGCAUAUUAUAGGAUUAAUGAUUUUUUGUUAUUUUUUUAGAGUGAUGAAUAGUCGUGGUUAAAAAUUUUCAAUCAACAAUUUAUUUGAGAGUAAGGAAUAAUUUAAGUGGUUAAAGCUGCAAUCAACCAUAUGUUUUUUUUUGGAGAGGAUUCCUAACUCCCUAUAUACGAAGUAGGUUAUAUUGCAUCCCCACGUAGCAGAUAAUAUAAAACAUCUUGUUUCAAAAUCAAAGCACAUAUCAAACUCAUCACCAUCAUCAGUUCAUCAUCGUCUUUGCAAAAGGUGUAACCGUGGGAAAUCGCCAACCAUAAAAAUGCCUGUAAUAUAUCGAUCAACUCUUUCUUCUCAACUACCAUUUUCUUUGACUAGUAAACAAUUUUCCCAAUUCACCUUUAAUCAUACCAAAAUCACCUUCUCUUCUCACUCCAAUUUUUCCAGAAUUUGCUGCUUAAAACCCUCAAUUAUGGAGAAAAAUGCUCUAUUAAACCCCACAAUUUUAGAUUCAACGGAGGAUAAAUAUUCUGCGGAAUUGGAUGUUGCUGUUAAAGCUGUUCAAUUGGCUUGUUCUUUAUGCCAAAGGGUACAAGAGGGUUUGAUUUCUAAGGCUAACUCUCUUGUUCAAUCCAAAGAUGAUAAAUCCCUUGUCACAAUUGCAGAUUGGAGUGUCCAAGCCACUAUCAGCUGGGUACUGUCUGAAUCUUUUGGCAUUAAAAAUGUCUCGAUUGUAGCUGAGGAAGAUGUUGAAGCUCUUUCAAAACCUGAGGCAACUGUCCUCUUAGAUUCUGUAGUACAGACUGUCAACGAGUGUUUAGCUGAAGCACCUCAAUUUGGAAUUAAAGGUCCGAUAAGACCCCUAAAGAAAACAGAAGUUUUAGAGGCAAUAAGGCAGUGCAAUUCCAUUGGUGGUCCUAGUGGUAGAUUUUGGGUUCUGGAUCCCGUUGACGGCACAUUAGGUUUUGUGCGUGGGGAUCAAUAUGCAGUUGCUCUAGCACUGAUUGAGGAUGGAGAAGUUGUGCUUGGAAUUUUAGGAUGCCCUAAUUACCCACUAAGGAAGGAGUGGCUAUCAUAUCAUCAACGUUACUAUAGGAUCAUAUCCAAGCUUACCCCACCAAGGUCAGAGUCUUGGGAUAAAGGUUUUGUAUUAUAUGCUAGAAAAGGUAGUGGUAAAUCUUGGAUGCAGCCAUUACUUCCACAAUCUAUGAACUUGGUUGAGUUAAAAUCUCCCAGACCUGUCUAUGUGUCUCUCGCUGAAGAUCCUUCCUUGGCUACCUUCUGUGAGCCUGUUGAAAGGGCGAAUUCUAGCCAUUCUUUCACUGCUGGACUUGCUCACAGUGUCGGAGUUAGUAAGGAACCUUUGCGUGUAUACAGCAUGGUCAAAUAUGCUGCUGUUGCUCGUGGUGAUGCAGAGAUAUUCAUGAAGUUUGCAAAGUCUGGUUACAAGGAGAAGAUAUGGGAUCAUGCAGCUGGUACUGUUAUCAUACAAGAGGCUGGCGGUGUGGUAACGGACGCAGGAGGGCACCCCUUGAACUUCUCAACUGGUAUAUAUUUGGAAGGUCUUGACCGUGGUAUUAUUGCUUGUGCUGGAGUUCAGCUACAUCAAAAAAUUAUCCAAGCUGUGGAUGCUAGCUGGGAUUCCUCCUGCUUGUGACUUACUGAACAAAGGAGACCAAAAGGAAUCCAGAUUUUUUUCCUGCUAACUGAGGAAUUGCUACAAGCUUUGUUGAAAAUGAGAGUUGGCUAGUAGAGGUGGGAAUAUGAGUUUAAACUAGAUAGUAGAGGCCAACAUGAUUGAUUAAAUGUUUAGGAUAGCUGCAAUAUUAUUCCAUAUCACCCAAGUACUCCUGACAAGAGUCCUUCGUAGGGCACCUUAAGGGAGGGGUUAGAUCACUCAGAUGAUUCCCAGCUCAUACACAUGCAACUCAGUCACAACGCAAAGGGUGUUUCUUCUAGACCCCAGAUUUAUAAACCAUUGACUUGCUGACUCAUAUGUAAAAAGAAGAAGAGUUCACCCUCUUUCUUAAAUACAUUCAUGAUUCUCAAGAUCAAGUGAGCAAUGCUUAUUAGUUAUUAGUUUAUUACUGCUAUAUCUUACUGUGUAAUUAUUUAACUUAAGCAUCUGGUGUGCUUAGGAAAAUAGUACGAGUAAUCUUGAUUCUUAGCAUGUCGAUGAUUUUCUUAAUACUUGUACAUUGGCUGUUAAUCUUGUUAAGUCAUUUCACUGUACAUAUUAACAAGAAACAGUAUACAAAUAUACGUUUGUUAUGAGCAAACAAACUCUUGAUGUUUACUGUGAUUUGUAGUACCCAUCUUCUGAUUAUUACCCUUUUAAGCAUGAUAACUCUAGUAUUUUAAAGGAGACAUCAACCGUACUUCUUAUGCAUAUGCCUUGUGAUGCCCUGGAAUCUUAGUGACAUUUAGGUGCUAUGAAAUUACUCUGUUAUAGCUGAAGUACACUGUGAUAUUU